AUGCCCAGUAAUACUGCAAUGGCAAUUGGGGCUCUUUCUAGUUCCCUUCUUGUGACAUGCUGCCUGAUGGUUGCUCUGUGUAAUUCUACUACACCAUUGCAAAAACUAUCCAAGUCUCAAGGCAAGCAGGAGAUAAAAACAAGUGAGGAAAAAAUAUAUCAAUCAUCAGUCCAGGAAAGACAGAAUCAUGGACCAGGAAAAAUGAAUGAAAUGACUAUGAAUGGAAGAGAAGAAGGCACCAGGGACUGGAAAAACAAAGGUAACAGAAAUUACUCUAAUAAAGAAUCUUGGACAAAGCAAAAACAGAUUUUGAGUAUUCAGGCAACAAGUAAUAAUAAGUUUGGGAACCUUGAAGCUCAUAAUCAGAUCAAAGAUAUUGAAGAGGAACUUCCUGCUGCUGAAGAUUUCUCUGUCUUAGAUAUUAUUGCUGGUACUACAUCUGAACCCCCAGAGGAAUAUGUUUAUCCAGACUACCGUGGAAAAGGCUGUGUGGAUGAGAGUGGCUUUGUUUAUGCAAUUGGGGAGAAGUUUACUCCAGGACCCUCUGCAUGCCCUUGUCUUUGUACUGAAGAAGGCCCACUGUGCAUUCAGCCAGAAUGUCCUAGACUCCACCCUCGCUGUAUUCAUGUUGACACUACUCAGUGCUGUCCACAAUGCAAAGAACGUAAAAAUUAUUGUGAUUUCCGUGGGAAAAUCUACCAGACACUGGAAGAAUUCAUGGUUUCAUCUUGUGAGAAAUGUCGAUGUGAAGCCAAUGGUGAAGUAGUGUGCACCGUGUCUGCUUGUCCUCAGACUGAUUGUGUGGAUCCUGUAUAUGAACCAGAUCAGUGUUGCCCCAUCUGCAAAAAUGGGCCCAAUUGCUUUGCUGAGACCAUGGUUAUUCCAGCAGGUCGAGAAGUGAAGACAGAUGAAUGUACUAUAUGCCACUGUACUUACGAAGAAAUUACUUGGAGAAUUGAACGACAAGCUAUGUGUACCAGACAUGAAUGCAAGCAAAUUUAG